CCCCAGGUCCCAAUCUGAUUGAGUAUUCGUGGGACGUGCCUGUACCCCAGAGGUACCCCCAAUCCAAAGUGGGGCCUUUUUGGUUCAGACUUGGCUCUGAUAUGUCAAGGCAUGGACAUGGGACCUCUGGGGUGUGCUUUGGAGUCUGGCACUGGGGCGUUGGCAGUGGAUCCUUUGAGACCUGUCGGUUGUGAGGUGGGGUACUGGCAUGUCCCAUGGAUGCUUGAUCAUAUUGGGAUCUGGGGAAUUUGGAGGCCAGGUUGAUGCCUUGCACUCUUUGUCAUGUUCCAUGGGCAAUUUCUUAGCAUUGUUUGUGGUGAGGAAUAGUGCAUGUUCUGCUGAGGGAGGGGCCCUGCCAUCGAGGAGUGUUAUUGCCAUGAAGUGGGGUCCGCAGUGGUGUUUGGAUGAGUGAAGUGCUUCAAGUGGCACCCAUGCCAGGACCAAAGGUUUCCCAGCAGAGCAUGGCAUUGUAACGAGAUGAUUCAGCAUGUCGGCCAAAGACACAAUGAGACGUAAUAAGACAACCAUCCAGACGACUCUGUGUGGAGACCACAGGCUUGUCCUCAACAAAGUUCAUGAGAACAACCUGAUAACUAGUCGUGAGUACAACAACCUUAAAAGCAUCAACAAAGAAGAUGUAGAGGGUCACGUCGUUGAGCUAGUGGAUAAGAUUAUGAACAAAGGAGAAGACAGCUGCCAAGCCUUUCUGAACCUUCUGCAAACUGAUGACGACAUUAAAACAACUUUCCCGGAGCUGAAGAACAUACAGCUGAACGACCCCUGCCUUUUACCUACGCCAGUCCAGGCUGCUUCAGUUGACGACAACAGUGAUGUUCUGCCACGAGACAACAAGAGGCGAAAGAAGGAUGAGCAGUAUGAGUUGAACAGCCAGCCUACCGGCCUCUGUGUGAUCAUAAACAACGAGUUUUUCAUGGAUAACACAUCAAGAAGCGGAACUGACAAAGAUGCUCAAAGUUUGGCGGAGGUCUUCAGCUGGCUUGGGUUCAGAGUGCUGAUGUGUAAAGACCAAACCAAAGACCAGAUGGAUCGCGCACUGCAUUGCUUUGCUGCCCAGAGCGACCUCUCUCAGCUGCAGGAGUUCAGUGUUCAGGAGUGGUCUGGCAGCGGAUUCACUGAUCUCCAGGAGGCUCCUAAGCAUGGCGAUGCCUUCAUCUGCUGUAUUCUCAGUCACGGACACAAGGGUGUUGUCUUUGGGAUUGAUUGGCAGCCCCUCCCCAUUAAACAAAUAACUAGAACUUUCAAGGCGACCGAUCAGUCGCUCCUCACCGGGAAGCCCAAAGUGUUCCUGAUCCAGGCCUGCCAGGGAGGACUAAUGCAGCGAGGAGUGUUAUUAAAAGAUCUGCAGGCUGAUGAUGCUCCCUUACUGUCCAUCCCUGAGGAAGCUGAUGUUCUGGUCGCCAUUGCCACUGUUGAAGACCAUGCGUCAAUUAGACACAAAACAUAUGGGAGCUGGUUUAUCCAGAGCGUAUGUCAGGAGCUGCGGGAAGGCUGUCCGAGGAGUGAAGACAUUACCACCAUCCUCCACCGAGUGAAUGAUGAGGUAGCCCGUAAAGAGGGAAGCAGUCAACCUGGUAAAGUGAAGCAGAUACCUGAAGUGAGGUUCACCCUGAGGAAGACACUUGUGUUGGCUCCACAUCACAACUGAAGCGUCAAUCACUAAAAAUGAUGCAAACACACACACUGUAUUUUUUAGUUAAGGAUGGAUAAUUAACUCAAGGGAAGGGUUUUCUUAAAAUAUGCUCUUUUGUCUUUUUUAUCACUAUAAAAUUUUAUAUUUUUAAAUCA